AUGUCUGCACCCAAUUCUGCCUCCGCUGGUGCUGAGCAACCAUCCCGACCGGUCCAGGUGAGCUGCCCCUGUCUCUGUCGCGUAGGCGAUGGGCUACGCACGGGCUCGCGUUGGGUGUCGGCGUCACCUCUGGCGCGCUCGCUGCGGGGUCGUCGUCGUCGUCACGAACGCUCAGGCUGGGCAGGUAAGCUGACGAGCCACAAUUCACCGAUCUCUAUCGCAGGUGAAGCUAUGCCUUCUCGGCGAGAGUGCGGUCGGCAAAUCGUCGGUCGUGUUGCGCUUCUGUAGCAACUCGUUCGAGGCCAACAAGGAACCGACCAUCGGUCAGUUAUUGGCGCCGCCCCCUCAGAAGCAGCAGCCGCUCGUGGCUGCGCGGUAACCACCGACUCACUCCACUUGAGGGGUCGUGCCGGCUGAGGCUCUAUCCAAGUGCUAAGGAUUGUCGGAUCCUAAUUGCUGCCUACUCGUUACAAUCACAGGCGCUGCUUUCCUCACUCAACGAUGUCGGCUGGGUGCGUAAUGGCUCGCAACGGUGGGGGUCUGUACACCCGACCAAGCUAAUGCUGUCUCAACGCCACCCUCGGCCUUUCGCGGGUGCUGCUCACGCUUCCGGUCAUUCGCAGAGGACAAGGUGAUCAAGUUCGAGAUCUGGGAUACGGCAGGACAAGAACGUUUCCGAUCCUUGUCGCCCAUGUACUACCGUAAUGCCCAAGCCGCGGUCGUCGUGUAUGAUGUCACCAAGGCCGUCAGUGCUUCCCCGUCUUCUUUGCCGAGCUGGGCAUUCGGGGACUGAUGAUCAUUCGGUAUGGCUUCCACAGGCCUCACUCGAACAGGCCAAGACGUGGGUAAAGGAGUUGCAACGACAGGCCAACCCAAAGUCAGUGCAGUGUGGGACUGGGCUCGGAGCUGUUUCACGCUCGGCUCGCUGAAUCUUCAAUUCGCGUAUCACGCCACAGCAUCGUGAUCGCUUUGGCUGGUAAUAAGGUCGAUCUUGUCCGACCUGCUGCCGAAGGUGACUCCUCCGCCGCCGCUGCAGAAGACGACGACGAAGCCGACGAUGCGACGGCGACCCCCGCCGAGGACGCCAACACCGACGAGGGAUCCUCGGACGGCACCGCUGCCAACUCGGGCGUGACGGGCGAGUCGCGUCGACAGGUGCCACGUGAAGAAGCCGAGGCAUAUGCUCAAGAAGCCGGAUUAUUGUUCUUUGAGACGAGCGCUAAGACGGGCGAAGGUGUUGUCGAGGUCUUUACCGAGAUUGGUCAGUCGUCUGGCGGUGUGAUCCCUCCACGUGGAAGCGCCUUCGCUGACCCGAUUUUCUUGCUGCGUCCGUCUAUAGCCAAGAAGAUCCCUCUGGAGCACUUGCUUGCGUCCGCUCGAGGUCCCGGAGGAGCAGGUCCCCGAGGCAACGGUGCGAGGGCCGGCGCAGCCGGUGGAUCGAGCGUCAACUUGAACGAAACUGCCGAAGCGCAGAACAAAGAGGCGUGCGCUUGCUAA